AUGGUUGACAGCAGCGAGGCUGGCUUGCGGAACAACAAUCAAGCGAAGCAGGCGCGGCGGUCACGAUCAGCCAAAGCAAGCGCUAAACGAGAGCGCUCCAAAAGCAAGGGCCGCAAGGAGGCGGGCAAGGAGGCGGGCAAGGAGGCGGGCAAGGAGGCGGGCAAGGAGGCGGGCAAGGAGGCGGGAAAGGAGAGCAGAGACACGAUCAAGGACGCAGUGACAGCAAAGGCGGUAGCAGAAGGGUCACCAACCGUGGAAGGCUGUCGCAACACUACUGCGCAGGGCGGCUCGGGCGGUUGA